AUGGCCACUGCCGAUGUCGAAGCUAUCGGCGCUCACUGCAACAUGUCCUUCUGCCAUCAACUCGACUUUCUGCCUUUCAAGUGCGAGAGCUGCAAAGGCAAAUACUGCCUGGACCACCGCUCCGAAACCGCCCACUCCUGUCCUAAUGCUGGUGCUUGGGCAAGGGCACGCGCCGCCCAACAACGAUCCACCUACACGCCUUCGCCCAAACCCUCCGUCCUCACACACGAAUCGCAAUGCUCGGAACCCUCGUGCAAGACCCUCAUCAACACUGCCCUCGUACCCGGUGUCGAGUGUGAUUCCUGUAAUCGAAGCUACUGCCUCAAACACCGUCUACGAGAGUCACACGACUGCGCAAAGCUAGCUCCCAUAGGCGCGCGUGCGAAUAAAGAAAAAGGACUGACGGCACUCGCGAAACUACGUGCCUGGGGCCAGGCCAAACAGAAGACCAUGACAUCCGCUGCCACCACCUCGUCACACCCCAAGCCUUCAACGACCACAAAGCCCUCGGCUUCCGCGGCCAAACCCUUGACCGCUGCCCAGCGCGUUCGCGCCACGGCCGAGUUGAAGAAGAAUGCAAAAGGCGAUGCCAAGGUGGCCAUGGAGAAGCGUAUAUACCUCAAUGUCGAGGCCUCCGCCGACACCACAAAGGCCAAACACCCCACAGGCCAAUUCUUCUACUCGUCUGAGUGGAGCAUCGGCAGGGUUUUGGAUCAGGCAGCAACGUCACUCCAAGUCGAGAAUCUCAACAACCGGGUAGACGGCGAGGCUGACAAGUUACGCGUCUUCCACGUUGAAGGCGGCCGACUGCUCGAUUUUGGAGAGAAGCUGGGUGCAGCCGUCAAGACGGGGAACACUCUGGUCUUGCUCAGAGGCGUUGGUCCACCCGUCCCGGAUCUCAUCGUUCUUGAUCCGUAG